CCCCCCCUCUCGUCCAUGACACACAGGUUGUUAUUGGUCAGAAUCGAGUCAGCUGACGUUGUCAUUUUGUCUGCCUUGUAGUGGAGCCGUCCCUUAUAACAAUCUUGUUACAGUCUGUAAACUCGAGUCCAGAAAAAAUAUUAUUGAAAAAUCAUUCAAUAAUAAAGGCAAGGCUUGAGCUAUGAAUUCCUAUUUUGCAAACCCAUCGUUGCCUUGCCAUUUAGCCAGCGGCCAAGAGAUCUUACCCAGCGCCGGGUUAAAUUCAGCCGCUUUUGAUCCAGUCAGGCACUUUUCCACGUACGGGGCUGCUGUGUCCCAGGGCAGAAUUUAUUCCUCUCCGUAUUAUUCCACACAAGAAAAUGUGGUGUUCGGCUCCGGCCGAGCGCCAUUUGACUACGGAUCCAACGCGUUUUACCAGGAAAAAGAUCUGCCAGCCAGCUGCAGGCAAAACGCAUUGGGAAACAAUACAGACAACCCCAUUGCCCAAGAUCUCAAUGGGGAACAUAUCAGGCGCUCAGCACAAGAAGAGAAAAGCAAUUUCCCAAUAUAUCCCUGGAUGCAACGAGUCAACUCACACAGUGGGGUGGGAUAUGGACCCGAUCGUAGAAGGGGUCGUCAAAUAUAUUCCCGGUACCAGACCCUCGAACUAGAGAAAGAAUUCCAUUUCAACCGCUACCUGACGAGACGCAGGCGGAUUGAAAUCGCCAAUGCACUUUGCUUAACGGAGCGCCAGAUAAAAAUCUGGUUCCAAAACAGAAGGAUGAAGUGGAAAAAGGAGAGUAACCCAGCAGUCCCGCCUGUGGGCGCCCAGGAAGGAGGCGAGGAGAAGGAAAAGGACUAAAAUAAAAGAGGGAAAAGUCACCUUUCUGGGAAAGAUUAUUCUCUUCCCCAAAGUUAUGUAAUAGUUUUAAAAAAAUCACACAUCCUGGAUCUAUCGGAACUGUUGGUGCUAGAGCGAAGGAGAACAUUUUAUUUAUGCAUAGUCCCCAUUCUGUAGAAAGUAGGAGAAAAAACGCGCCCGAAUGCCAGUCAACGGUAGCAUUAGCUAUAAAUGUACUCAACCGUCUUAAUUAUGUCUUCAGUGAAAAAGGGACCUAUGUUAAUUAUUUAAUAAAGUGCUUAUUUUUUUUGAAAGUUAGAGACACCGCGAGUAUUUGUUUGUCGUGUAGCUUAAGGCAAGCUUACAAUGAGAUAAAGACUGAAUUUAUUGCAGAGAG